UAGCACCAACGCAGACUUUCCUUGAUGGUGAAAUCAUGAAUAUAGGAAAAAUUGUUCCACUCAACUUUCCUAAAUGUAAUUGUGGCAAUGGUAGAACUGAUAUUUCUGUGUCUACGGAAUUGGUAGCAGUCAUCAGAACUAAUGGAAGGUUUGAUCUUAACAAGUUUGUCAUUAAAUGUUCCUGUGGCAAUAGCUAUGAUCCCUUUUCCUUGACUAAUUUGGUGGAAUCUGGUUAUUGGCCAGGAUCAUUAAAGCAAAUUAAUUACAUCUUUCAUGAAAGCUGUUUCGUAAUGUGGGAUAGAUUUUCGAAACGGAUGCCAGGUUCGUCUGUCAGCAGUUAUGUAAAGUCGUUAGAGGAUAUUUCACGUUUAAAUUCUCGGACGGAUGUGAUAAGUUGUACCUUGUUCACCAGAACAUACAGGGAAUGGAAAUAUGGACAACAUGAGCUUGAAAAGUUAAUGAAAAUACCAAUUUUUUCAUGUCCUGCCUGCAAUGGUAAACAACACUCUUGCCACGUUGAUGGCAAUAGUAAGUUAUACCGAUAUAAAACAUCUGGAAAAUCUUUUCAUUUCAUCAAUCAUUUAGAAUCUCUUGACUAUUCGAAACAAAAAUCCAAGAAGUUGCAAAAGGUAACAUGUGGACCUAGUAUUCUCAAAGCAGCUCAAGAUAUAUCACGGAGAAAGGCAGCUUUAGAUGAGACUGGACUUGAGUAUUGUGUAUGUAGACAUGGUAUUGCAUUAAAAGCAGUAAACAUGUUUCGUGGUGAAAUAUUUGGUUAUGCCCAUUUUUUACAAACAACUUUUAUGCUUUCCCAAAAUGUUGAAUUCUUUUGGUAUGACGUUGUCUGUAAAUAUUGGCCAUGGCUCAAUUCACACGAUCCGUUUAUUUCUGAUCAAAUGAAACCCGCAUUGUCAGUGAUGCAUGGAAAAAUACACCAGAUGUCUUGUCAGGUGCAAUGGAGUGGAAGAUGGCAAAAGGGAUCAGCAAAGUCAUCAGGUGAAGAAGCUGAACAAGUGAAUAGCUACCUGUCACGUGUUGGAAACACAACUAAGUACAUGCUUCCCCAAAAUCGAGAAGAUGUGAUCACGGAAUUUGCUAGUGAUUGGAACUGUAGAAAAAUUGCUGGAUUAGCUAAAGCUUUAGUAAAACGUUAUCAAAAGAACUUGAAAGAUACUGAAUCAUCAAAGUUAGUCUGGGAGAAUAGUUGUAACGGUGCUGGCAUCAAUACAUCUGUGAUCACCAUGACAGAAUUAACAUCAGAGAUUGUAACUUUUUUCACAGCUCCAGAGGAAAACGUUAGGGUCCUGUCUCUAACAGAAACCUGUGCACUGUAUUUUCUACGCUUAAAACAGUUGGACUCAGAUAAUCAUUCAGACGCUCAUGAUGUCCCUCUUCACUAUUUGCUGAAAUGUGGUAGCUCACAAACAAUAGUCCAAUCGAAGUUAAAGAUUUUGAUGGCAAAACUAAGAGAAAGAAAUCCAUUAUUUGAUCCUGAAGGUGAUGAAAUUCAAGGGAAGAUAAUUAGAAAAGUAAUGGACGUCAUAAAGGAAAAAAUAUUAAACCAUAAUUUUCAAGCAACAAUUAAAAGACUGUCAUUGAGCAAGCUGACAAAUACUAGUAAGCAAAGAAUUAGAAUGAGAAGAACGAUAGACACCAUCUUGAAAAAAGCUUCUAUUCAAUGUGAAGAAUACAACUCACUGGCUAACAUGAUAGGAGAGGAACACAUAAAUCUAAACAACAAUCCGUUACCAGUUGGUGGUACAAUUUGGGAAAAGAAAAUAAUAGUUGACCAGUUCCAAGAAUGGCAACGUUGUUUAGAGGAAGGACAGUUGUUACUACGCGAAAUGCAAAAUUAUGUAGAUUACUUCACUGCGUUGGAAAAAGCUAUGAAAGAAAAUUUGAAAGUUUAUGAUGAGUCAACUUAUGAAGAUAACCAACAUAGAACGGACACGAUACAUGAACAAUACGACAAUCGUGGGAUCAAGGCAUUGUACAAUCGGUCGAAAUCAAAGUUUACCAAACAGCUUGACUAUGCGAAGUAUCUUUUUUCUGCAGUACCGCGUGACACAUCGGUUCAAGUGACGAAUAUUUUCGGCAAUGACGGCAGUGACAGUGAAGACGAAAUUCAUUUCUCCGAUGCGUAUGAUAGUGAAGAUGAUGUAGAGAUUAUUACUGAUGAGCAAUUUUUUAAAGCUUUAGAGCAAGAUUAAGCUUAAUAUUUUUCAAGACAACCUUGGUUACAUUUUACAUUUUCGCAUUUUUACGUACAAUAAUUUUUUUGUAUCUGAAGGCGGAUUUCCACAAUGAAAAUGGUCUAAUAGAUCGACAAAAAACCAGUCAAAUCCGAA